AUGUCUUCAUAUGAGAAGGUCGCGCAGCCCGAGGCGUACCCGUUGAAGAGGACUGCUCAUUGUCCGAAUAAUGAUCUUCCAGUCCUCAUAUAUCGUGAUGUUCUCCAGCCACUUAACGAGGAGAGCGCAUCAGAAAGACUUCAACGUCACGGCUGGGAGAAGAAGGGAACUUGGGGGACUAUCAGUCUGAAGCACUUUCACCCAAACACUCACGAGUGCGUCUUUCAAGGCAGUUCCGAGCUAGUCUUUGGCGAAGGGGUUUCGGAUGACGUCGGCAGCGGAGUACGAUGUAUAGUGCGAGCCGGCGAUGUCGUCGUCGUCCCAGCAGGCGUAGGGCAUGCCUCUGUCUCAAAGGCGGAGGGAGCAGCGGACCCUGUUGAGGGAGAGCCUGAGUAUCGAUAUGUUGGAGUGUAUCCCAAAGGUUCACCUCAUUAUAAAUACGAAAUCGGCAAGAAGAAGUUGGAGGAGAAGAGCGGGCUGAUAGAAGAGGUUUCUGCUGUUCCCGUACCGCCCAAUGAUCCCUUAUAUGGGAUUGAUGGGCCCAACGGCUAUGAGUCUCAGUCAGUCGUGAAUCGGCGGUAUCAGGGCCUGACCCUGUCCUCAACGAGCACCACUCUCCCAGUUGCCGGUGGAAGAGGUCGCCCGCAUAUGUUCAACUUCGUCCUUGCAAGCGCGAAUUCCCUGUCAUGCUGCGGGAUGUGUCUCGCACGACUAAUUUCUUCGCCUGCCCAUGACUCUGCUGCGGCUGGCGUUGUUGCGGGGCGCAUCAUCUUGGACCGCAGAGCCCUGAAGCAGGCUUUGCGAACCUCUGGAUACCCAACGCGGCGGGCAUUUGUCGAAAAGCUCGGCAUCUGUGGUUCAAUUUAA